AUGGACGGGGCUGGAGGAGGUGGUGUUCUCAGAAGAGAAAAUAGAGAUUGGUACCUGGGAUUUUCAAGCAAAUUCAACCCAAAAACUCCACUAGCUGCUGAAAUUUUGGCCAUGAGGGAGGGUCUGGCAAUGGCAAAGACUUUCAAGGUGACAAAACUUGAAGUGGAAACUGAUGCUGAAUCUUUAAUUUUCAUGCUGGAUACUUCGGGUGUGAAUCCUUAUCCACACCAUGAGCUUGCUGUAGUUAUUUCGGAUGUGAGGAACCAGAUUAAUGAAAAUUGGGUGCUAGUUUUCAAGCACAUUGCAAGGCACAAGAACAUGGUUGCUCAUCACUUGACAGGCAUGGCAAUGGAAUUGGUUGUUGGGCAUGUCACUCAUUUUGAGGUUCCCCCAAGAGCUAUCACUGACUUUGAAAAGGAUAAGGCUGCAGCAGAAUAG